GGCGGAGGGAAGGCGGUCGGGAAGUUGUCGUCCUUGAGGAAUUUCUGUCUCCAGUGGAAAAUGUUGAGUCGCAGGGCCACAGUGGCGAAUACCCGCAUCUCGUCAUAGUUACAGUUUGGACACUGUUCACACACAAAAAAGUGUGUUUCAACCCAGUUCUAGAACUGAAAAAGACUAAAGCCAAUGAGUUCUGCUGAGGACCGAGUCCGACCAAACGUUGGAGCGCGACUCAGAAAUGGAGGUGGCACGGUUGAAGGACUUGUCCACAAAGAUUGUCCAUAUCUGUCCCUCAACAAUUCACUGGAGGGAGAACUUCAUGCUUUUCUCACUGAUGACGAUCAACUCCACACUUAUGAUGACCUCACCAAAGUCAAUCCUGUGACCCCUACAACAGUGCUGAAAUGCCUGCAGGCCAGGUACAGUGUGAAGGUGUUUUACACCCACGCUGGCUGCACCUUGGUGGCUCUAAACCCCUUCGAGCCAAUCCCAGACCUCUACUCUCUGGAAGUGAUGAAGGAGUAUCACUGUGCUCCUCAGCCCCAGGAGUUCAAACCGCAUAUCUUUAUUGUGGCAGAAGAAGCCUACAGGAACGUUCAGGGUCAGCUCGAGCCAGUGAACCAGUCCUUGGUGGUCAGUGGUGAGAGCGGUGCUGGAAAGACGUGGACAUCUCGCUGCCUGAUGAAAUACUACGCCACCGUGGCGGCCUCCUCCUCGGUGGAGAAGAGUCAGGACACGGUGGAGAGGAUAGAGAAGAGGGUGCUGGACUCUAACCCCAUCAUGGAGGCUUUUGGAAAUGCCUGCACGUUACGGAACAACAACAGCAGCCGCUUCGGAAAGUACAUCCAGCUCCAGCUAGACAGGUGUCAGCUGUUAGUGGGGGCGUCUGUGCAAACAUAUUUGCUGGAGAAGACCAGGGUGGCCUGCCAACCGGCAAACGAGAGGAACUUCCACAUCUUUUACCAGAUGAUGAAAGGGGCCACAGACGAGCAGAGAAAGGAGUGGAAGAUGCCACAUGGCCAAAGAUUUGUGUGGCUGCCAAAGGCUGAAAAACACGUUGAGGAGGAUUGUUUCCAAGAGACUAUUGAGGCCAUGGUUCAUCUGGGCAUUAAUAAAGAAAGACAGAGACAAAUAUUCAGGAUUUUAGCGGGACUCCUGCAGCUGGGGAAUGUGAGUUUCUCCUCUUCAACGGACGACUCACAACCCUGUGACAUUAAAGAGCAGUCCAAAGACUUCUUGCAGAGGGCUGCCGAGUUGCUGCGUGUGUCCGCUGAGGAGCUCCAGAUGUGUUUGAGGGUGAGGACUCUGAAGGCAGGGAAGCAGAGCGUGCUCAAGCCCUGUUGCCAGGCAGAGUGCAGCAUGAGGAGAGACUGUCUGGCUAAGGUCAUCUACGCACAUUUAUUUGAGUGGCUGGUGACAUUCAUCAACAACAGCAUAUGUUCAGACCAAUCCACGUGGAGCAACUUCAUAGGUGUCCUAGAUGUGUAUGGGUUUGAGUGUUUCCAGAUCAACAACCUGGAGCAGCUCUGCAUCAACUACGCCAACGAGAAACUGCAGCAGCACUUUGUGGCCCAUUAUCUUAGGGCUCAGCAGGAGGAGUAUGUGUCGGAGGGGCUGCAGUGGUCCUUUGUCAAAUACCAAGACAACCAGAGCUGCCUGGAUCUCAUAGAGGGGAGUCCAGUCAGUGUGUUUUCUCUUCUUAAUGAGGCGAGUCGUCUUAAUCGAGCCUCAGACGCCAAAACAUUCAGGGUUCGUUUGGAGAAGGAGCUCUGUGAUAAUGUCAACAUCAGCUGGGACAAGUUCAACAAGGUGCCACACUUCACCGUGGCCCAUUACGCGGGUAAAGUGGACUACCAGAUACAGGGCAUAGUGGAGAAGAACAAGGACCCAGUGCCACCGGAGCUCAUCAGUCUGCUUCAGCAGUCGGACGACUCCCUGCUUCACCAAAUCUUCACCGACAAGGAAACUGACAGCCUGACUACCAAGGGGCUCAGUAAAGUCACUGUGGUGUCCAAGUUCAAGAACUCUCUGGAGAGCCUGAUGAAGAUCCUCCACGCAACCACUCCCCAUUACACGCGCUGCAUCAAACCGAACCCAGACUGCAAGCCACUGACCUUCGAGAAGGAGGAGGUUAUCAUGCAGCUGGAGGCCUGCGGGAUCGUUGAGACCAUACACAUUAGUGCUGCUGGCUUUCCAAUUAGAAUUCCUUUCAGAGGCUUCACCCAGCGUUAUGGACUGAUCGCAAAAUAUUCAAGGUUCAAGUCAGUGAGUCAUUGUGUCGAUUCAGAGGCCGACAGCAGCGACUUUCUCCAGCAAGAGGUGGAGAAGCUCCUCGAGGUGGUGUCACAACACCAGGCUGCAGACGCCUCAUGUGGCUUUGACAGCGAAAAACGCAAUUCAUGGGUGCACUGCGGGAGGACUAAAGUUUUUCUCACGCAGUCCAUGCUAGGUUUGCUGGAGGAUCAGAGGAAGAAGAUCCUGUCUCGGUGCGCCUUCUCCAUCCAGUGCUGCUGGCUGCGGUACCAGCGGCGCAGACGCCAAGUCCGUCUGACAUCUGCUACUCUGAUCCAAGCAGCGGUGCGGUCCUGGCUGGUCAGGAAGCAGGUCCAGAGGUGGAACAGAGCAGCUGCAGUCAUCCAGAACUCCUGGAAGAAGUGGAGGGAUCUGUUAAAGGCCUUGGCCGAGGUAGAACUCGAUGACGCAAAGGACCUCGUGGAAGAGGAUGUGCCAGUAUUGAACCCCGUUAUAAGGGAACGAGGGUCGGUGCAGCUCUCGACCAUCCAGGAGCCUGUCACUGUGCGAGGGUGGCCAAUGGGCUUGGCUCUGGCUUCAGCCCCAUCCAUCACCGUGUCUCUGACAGCCACUGGCUUCCAGAAGAUGAUGUCCGUGAUGGCCUCCCUCAACCUGCCCUCCAGGAGACGGGGGUACAAAGUGGAGACCAAUCAGUACACGCAGGGGCUCGCUUCCAUUCGGGCUCAGCCCAAGGGAUCUAUUAAGCUGCACUAUCAGCGGUCGCCCCUUCUCUACGCUGACAGGCAACCAGACAUGAAGAGUGACGUGACAGGGUUCAAUGAGAUACUGCUAGAGAAAACAUUGUAAGAGUUCCCUCUUUGCAGAACACUAAAGGCUGAUUUCAUGGAUUCAGACAAAAUGAUCAACAGACACAGUGGAAUGAAACCUGGUAUUUUACACUUCCAUGUACAUGUUUGUGUAAGGAUGCCAAGUUCAUCUUACGUAGUGUUAUACAAGGGUGCCAAGACUUGCAAUCCCUGCACCUUUGCAUAUUUUUUUAACCCAACAGGAGGUCAUGGAAGAUAUUGCAGUGUGCAACAAACUUGACUUUAUUAUCCAUUAUUGUGUUGUGGCAUUGAGACCCCAGGGAUUCAAAAAUGAAUUUAAAUUCAAAAUCUCAGACAGUUGAUUAACACAGCCCUCUGCUAUAAAUCAGAAGAAGAAGGUAGUAUUUUUUCCCCACCUCUGUCGGUAUGUGUCCCACAUACUGAAAACACUAAAUGGGGUGUGAGGCAGGAUUACGAUGAUUAUGAUGAUGAUGAUGCCAUUGGAGGACAAGAAAAACGCACUUCAUUUUUCUUUGUCUUGAGAACAGAAAUCACACGGCAUUAUCAUUGCACAUUUAAAAAGAGGACUGCAGUUUUUUAUCGCUGGAACAUCUGAUUACUGGUCAAAGUAUUGGGCCUUUGAUGAGUGCCUUUAAAAAAAUCUACACUCAAAUGAUAAAUGGGGAGUUACAAGUAUUUAUUUAAAGGUGAUUAUUUAUGUGAUUUCAUAAAUGUAUUUUGGGGUGUAAAACUAGUGAUUCAGCUGCACAUUUGAUUGCAGAUGUUAACAUCCAGCACUGUUCUUUUGACAGUGACGGGUGCUGGGGAAAAUGGGAAUGAAGCAAGUAUUGCACAUGUAAAGCACAUAUUGCACAUUAAAACCACAUCUGCUCAUAGAUGGACAAAAAAAAAAGGAAUGAACAAGCAAACACAUCA